CCCUGGCUGGAAUGUUGCGCGCAGAACGUCGUCCUGGGUUCCGGGCUGUAUUGUUACAGUAACCAGUGCUGUCAGUAAACUCUCGCAGGUUGGCCAGGAGUCCCAGGAGGUUGCAAUGCCGGUGUCAGCGAUGGGGAACAUAUUAUUAAAAUGCGCCGUCACCGACCUGGCGAUCCAGUGGGUCGGAUGGGGUGUCGCCUCAGCUUUUAAGACAGAAAAAUUCUAUGAUUUAGCGGGUUCAGGCACCUUUGUGUUGUUGACACUCCUGAGCCGAAGGUGGGGCGGAACCGGCUACCGGCGUCAGAACGUGCAGAGCGGGCUGGUGACAGCGUGGGGUCUACGGCUCGGCUCCUUCCUGUUUUUGAGGAUUAUGAACGAGGGGCUGGAUCGCCGCUUCAAUUAUGUGCGGGACAGUCCCGGGACCUUCUUUAUCUACUGGACCAUGCAAGCUGUGUGGGUGUUUGUCACCCUCCUCCCCACCCUGAUCCUGAAUUCAGAGCAGCGGGACUGGCCCCUGGGGGUCCGGGAUUACCUGGGCUGGGGUCUGUGGGCGCUUGGGUUUGCCACGGAGGCCAUCGCCGACCAGCAGAAAUGGAACUUCAAAAAGGAUCCCGACAACGUGGGCCAGUUUAUCCGGAGUGGGUUGUGGGCGUACAGCCGGCACCCUAACUACCUGGGAGAGAUCCUGCAGUGGACGGGUCUGUACCUCUCUGCCUCCUCCGUGAUGCAGGGAGCCCAGCACCUCAGCGUUGUCUCCCCGCUCUUCCUCUAUUUCCUCCUGAAUUACGUCAGUGGGGUCCCCAUUCUAGAGAAACAGGCCCUCAAGAAGUGGGGCAACGACCCAGGAUAUCAGGAGUACAUGAGGAACACCCCAGUCCUCUGGCCCUUCACCAGAUAGAUCCUAAUUCAGCACUGGCCAAGCUUUUCAUACUGCGUGCUUCAAUGCCUCACUUAAGAACAAGAGAGAGCAGCACAUUAUUUUAAAAGCAACAGUACAUGUUGUUUCUGUAAUACCUUUUAAAUUGUGCAUCUUUACCAAAUCUAACAUGCAUAACCAUCUUCUCCUCACCACUGUAGACUACUGACAUCCAAAUUUGGCUCUGGGAUGGUAUGAAGGACACUGUAUAGAAAUGCAUUUGUACUGUUUGAGUUAUAUGAGCUUGAAGAACUAUAAUCAGACAAACAGCUCCAGAAACCCAACUGUUUAAGGUUAAGCAUCUUUCUUUGAGAGACAAAAUGAUCAUGGCUUUGCAGAAGU